AUGGCUACAAAGAUGCGGUGGCAGAAAAUCGGGGCAUCACAAAGAGUUGGGACAGGGGGGUGGCAUCUGGCCCUGAAUCUCAGCAGAGUCAACCAUGCUUCAAACUCGUUCAUCUAUUUCAACAAAUCUCAGGUUCGAUUCACGACAACAGGGGGGGAGGCUGUUGCAGCGAGCAGAUUGCCUCCCCAUGCGCUACUCCCCAACCUGAUGUUAUGGCGAUCACUGCUCAUAGCAACUGUCUCAACUCAUCGAUUUCUUCUCGGUCCAGCUUUAUCAAUUUUAUCUUUCUUCUCAAAGCCUAGAAAGGGACUUUUCAGUUUACAAGACAAUCUUCUUCUUCGGAAGGUAUUCAAAGGGACUCUUUAUAAUCACUUCUGUGCCGGAGAGAAUUCUCAAGAAGUCAAGGCUACUAUAAGCAAUAUCAAGCACAUGGGUUUCAGAGGGGUGAUACUCACAUAUGCGGCUGAAGUCGUGGUUGAUAAGACAUCUGAGAAAGUGAUCGCAAACGGUAUCGUUCAAUCCAAAGACGAGACUGCCCCGGGUACUCUGCGAGAACACCCACAAGAUCAAGGCAUUGAAGAGUGGCGAAAAGGUGUCCUGAAGACAGUGGGGAUGAUUGGCGAGGGUGACUAUCUAGCUCUGAAGUUCACUGGAGCCGGUCCCGCGGUAUCCAGUGCUCUUGAGACACAGAAGCCCAUUCCUAGGCAAAUGGUCAAAGCUCUUGAAGACGUGUGCCACGAAGCAGUAAAACGAGAAGCUCGAAUCUUGGUGGACGCAGAGCAACAUUAUGUCCAGACAGGAAUCGACCUCGUUGCCAUGGAACUUAUGCAAAAAUAUAACCGUAACGGCCAAGCAAUAGUGUUCAACACGUAUCAGGCGUAUCUAAAGCGCACACCCCAAGUGCUGCACAAACAUCUCAAGGAGGCCCAAAAAGGAGAGUUUAUUCUUGGGAUCAAACUUGUUCGAGGGGCCUACAUAAACUCGGAGCCUCGCCAUUUCAUCAAUGACACUAAAGAGGAAACCGACAUCUCAUACGAUCGUAUUGCGCACAGAUUGCUUCACGGACAGUAUCCACUAGAGGAGCAGGUCGAUGAACCGCUUCCCAGAUUGGAACUGUUUCUUGCCACGCACAACCGCGCGAGUGUAUUGAAGGCGUACGAAUUGCAACAGGCGCACGAGAAAGACGGCUUACCACUGACCAAAGUACAAUACGGACAGCUACUUGGAAUGGCAGAUGGUGUGAGCUGUGCCCUGUUGCAGCUAAAACAAGAGGCUAUUGAUAACGGUAGCACCAACUCCCCUGAGGCUUACAAGUGCCUCAGUUGGGGCACUUUAGAGGAGUGCAGCUCAUACUUGUUGCGUCGUGCUGUGGAAAAUAGAGAUGCUGUCACGAGAACAGAGGAGGAGUAUUAUGCCUUGAAGAAAGAAGCUAUAAGGCGACUUCUCAGAAGGUCUUCUUAA